UGCAGUCUGUUAGAGUGCAUUGAUUGCCUGCGCACAGACAGAAUUUGCCUCUCUCACCCAUCCCAUGUUCUGCGCACUUUCAGCCUGCACCGGCGUUUAUCAUAUUUUCAUGAUCGUAUUUUGCGCGUGAGCAUGGCCUUCCUGAGCGGACCCCGGCUGCUGGACUUGGCCAGUUCCCCUCCGCACCUGCAGUUCAACAAGUACGUGCUCACCGGGUACCGGCCCGUGUCCUCGGGGCUCGAGUGCGUGCGGAGCCUCUUCUACCUGCACAACGAGCUGGGCAACAUCUACACGCACGGAAUCCCUCUGCUUUGCUUCCUGGUGCUGCUUCCCCUCAACAUCCCCUGGUCGCAGAUCAGCAUCACGUGGCUGGGAGUCGUCCACUUCCUGGCCUGCCUGUCUCCGCAGCUGGGCUCCGUGCUCUACCACGUCUUCAUGAACCACGAAGGGGGGGCGCCCGUCUACCACACUCUGCUCGCCCUUGACAUGUGUGGCAUCUGCAUGAUCAACACCUUAGGAGCGCUGCCCAUCGUUUACAUCACGCUGCUGUGCUACCCCUCGCUGCGCAGCACCGCCCUGCUGGCCUACAUCGUGCUGUCCGGCUACUCCAUCUACUGCGCCGUGAGCGCUCGCGACAACGUGCGCCGGCUGCGCUCCUUCGCCUGGCAGGCCCUCUUCCGCUCAGUCUUCUUCCUGUCGCGCUGGGCGGGGGUGGGUGGCGGGAGCCCCACCUCCUUGCGCCACUUCAUCGCCAUGGACUCGCUGGCGCUGCUGGGCGGCCUCAUCAACAUCAGCCGCGUGCCCGAGCGCUUCCGGCCGGGCCUCUUCGACUACUGGUGCAACAGCCACCAGAUCAUGCACGUGUUGGUGGUGGGAUCCAUUGUGUGCCUGCACUGGGGGGUCCUCGACGACCUCGUGUGGAUCAACAGCUACCGCUGCCCACCCGACUGA